AUGGGUAGUAGCAGUAAUUUAAACUACAAGAAUUUAGCGACCGGCAUGCCGCCAAAUGCCUCCGGUGGCGGCAGUGGCGGAUGGCCUCCGGGCAGUUUCCCCCUCGCCCGACAGAACUCGAUUUAUUCUUUAACUUUCGAUGAGUUCCAGAAUACGGUCGGGAGUGUCGGGAAGGAAUUUGGGUCUAUGAACAUGGAUGAGCUUCUCAAGAACAUAUGGAGUGCUGAGGAAAAUCAGAUCCUCAUCUCAACCAGCAAUAAUAGUAAUAAUAAUAAUAAUAAUAGUAACAAGGGUGGUGGUUUUCAGGAGGGGAGUGGAUAUAAUCCCCUGAGGCAAGGGUCGUUAACCCUUCCCCGCACCCUCAGCCAAAAGACGGUCGAUGAGGUCUGGCAGGACAUGGUGAAGGAGUACGAAAAGGAUCCCUCGGGUGGGCCGAUGGGCGGGUAUGGUGUGGCACCGGCCCAUAGGCAGCCCACACUGGGCGAGGUCACAUUGGAGGAGUUCUUGGUGAGGGCCGGGGUCGUGAAGGAGGAGCCUCCGAAGCCUAAAACCCCUUUUGGAGACCCAUCAAGGCCUGCAAAUAUUCCCAGGCCCGGCUUCGGUUAUCCAUCGGGAGCUGGAGCUGCAGGUCUUGUCAGUGAUGGGGCAGCAGAGAAUAUUAGUAACCUGAUGGGAGCACAAUUGGAUAAUUUGCCGUUGGGUGCGAGUGGGGCACGAUCCACCGUGAAACAGCCCACCUCCCGGCCCGUGCACCCGCAGCCACAGACACAGCUGCCAGAGAUUAUUCCAAAACAGGCUGUGCCAAGAUAUAAUCAAUUGAUCAGUAAUAAUCCCGGGAUUAGAGGUGGAAUUAUGGGAAUGCAGGAAAAUGGUGCAAGUGAUGCUUUGAUUCAGAAUGCGGGUUUACAGGGUUUGGUGGGUAAUGGGGUUCGGGUGGUGUCGCCAGCUGUCUCGCCGGAAGGGGUGACGAGGAGUAAUGGAGAGAUGUCGUCAGUUUCACCAGUGCCUUACGUGUUUAAUGGUGGUGGUGUGGGUUUGAGGGGUAGAAAAACAGCCGCCUUGGAGAAAGUUGUGGAGAGAAGGCAGAGGAGGAUGAUCAAGAAUCGGGAGUCGGCUGCUAGAUCACGUGCUCGUAAGCAGGCAUACACUACAGAGUUGGAAGCCGAAGUUGCAAAACUGAAGGAGGAAAAUGAGCUAUUACAAAAGAAACGGGCUGAAAUGUUGGAAAUGCAGAAGAAUCAGGUUUUGGAGAUGCUGAAGCUGCAACACAGUAACAAAAGGCGAUGCUUGAGAAGGACACAGACGGGUCCAUGGUAA